CUCAGGCCCCUGCUCCUCCUGCUUCCUGCAGCCCUGGCUGUGGGUGGCCACAUGCAGUCGUGGAGACGGAAGUCCCUCUGGCUGGCACUGUUGGCCUCCUGGCUCCUCGUCCUGCUGGGAGUCUUCCCCCUUCUCCGCCUGGCAGUGCCCACCAGACCCCGGGCAGGAGCCCCCCAAGGCUGGCCCCGCUGGCUGGACGCAGAGCUCCUGCAGAGUUUCGCCAAGCCUGGGGAGCUCCUGGAAGAUGGCCCUCAACCUCCUCAAGCCCUCCGUGGUGGCAGCUGCAACUGGGGAGCUUGCUUUGACACCUCGAAGUGCAGAGGUGGUGGCCUCAAGGUAUUCGUGUACCCAGCGGCUGGACCCAUCUCUGAGACUCACCGCAGGAUCCUGGCUUCCAUCGAGGGCUCCCGCUACCACACGCUCAGCGCUGCUGAGGCCUGCCUCCUCCUCCUCCUCAGCCCGGACACCCCCACUGGAGAGUGCGACCCGGUGCCCCCGCAGUGGGAUGGGGGCAGGAACCAUCUGGUCCUCAGUCUCCACCCAGCCCCUUGCCCCCGGACCUUCCAGCUGGGACAGGCGAUGGUGGCCGAGGCCAGUCCCACAGUGGACACCUUCCGGCCCGGCUUUGAUGUGGCCCUCCCGCUUCUCCCUGAAGCCCACCCGUUGCGAGGUGGGACACCUGGCCAGCUGCGGCAACACAGUCCCCGCCCCGGGGUGGCCCUGCUAGCCCUGGCAGAGGACAGAGGCAGGUGGCACGUGGCAGGCACCAACUUCUCUGCCUGCCCCUGGGAUGGGCACUGUGAGCAGGACCGUGGACCCAAGCAGACCCACCCUGGGGCAACGCUACCCAAUGCCACCUUCUGCCUCAUCCCUGGCCGCAGUCCUGAUGCCUUGCACUUCCUUCAAGCCCUGCAGGCUGGCUGCAUCCCUGUGCUUCUCAGCCCUCGCUGGGAGCUGCCCUUCUCUGAGGUCAUCGAUUGGACCAAGGCGGCCAUUGUAGCUGACGAGAGGCUCCCACUUCAGGUCCUGACUGCCCUCCAGGAGAUGCCCCUCACACGGGUCCUUGCCCUGCGUCAGCAGACCCAAUUUCUAUGGAAUGCCUACUUCUCCUCAGUGGAGAAGGUCAUCCAUACCACUCUGGAGAUUAUUCAGGACCGGAUCUUUGGCGCCUCUGCUCACCCCUCGCUACUGUGGAACAGCCCCCCAGGGGCAAUCCUGGCCCUGCCCACUUUCUCCCCAAGCCCCUCGGACUUCCCCUUCUACCACCUACAACAGGGCUCUCGUCCUCUGGGCAGGUUCAGCGCCCUGAUUUGGGUGGGGGCUCCAGGCCAGCCCCCCCUGAAGCUCAUCCAGGCUGUGGCAGGCUCCCAGCACUGUGCCCAGAUCUUGGUUCUCUGGAGCAGUGAGAAGCCAUCCCCAACCAGGUGGCCCAAGACAGCAGUGCCUUUGACAGUCAUUGAUGGGCACAGGAAGGUCAGUGACCGCUUCUUCCCGUACAGUGCCAUCAGCACCGAUGCCAUCCUCAGCCUGGAUGCCCAUAGCAGUCUUUCCACAAGUGAGGUGGACUUCGCUUUUGUGGUGUGGCAGAGCUUCCCAGAGCGGAUGGUCGGCUUUCUGACGUGGAGCCACUUCUGGGAUGAAGCCCAGGGUGGCUGGGGCUACACUGCCAAGAGGACCAACGAAUUCUCCAUGGUUCUCACCUCGGCUGCCUUCUACCAUAGGUAUUACCACACCCUCUUCACCCACUCCCUGCCCAAGGCUCUGAGGACCCUGGCAGAUGAGGCACCCACCUGUGUGGAUGUCCUGAUGAACUUCCUAGUAGCAUCCGUCACCAAGUUGCCCCCUAUCAAGGUGCCCUAUGGGAUGUGGCAUCAGGAGGCCAGACCUCCUCCACUGGAGCCUGGGGGUCCGGGGCUCAGGCAGGAGCCGCAGCCCGCAGCCCAGAACUGCAUCAACCAGAUGGCGGCAGGGUUCGGCCACAUGCCCCUGGUAUCUUCUCGCCUCCGUCUGGACCCAGUGCUCUUCAAGGACCCGGUGUCCGUGCUGCGUAAGAAGUAUCGCAGCCUGGAGAAGCCCUAG